AUGGGUUGCAGCCUGCCCAGUGAGGGCAUUACCGGCCAUCUGAGCCGCCCCGGGGAUAUCGUUAUAGGGGGGACCUUUAUGGUUCAUUUGGAGAGAGUCUACAGCGACCUCAGUUUCACUUACAAACCCCCCGAGCUGCAGUGUCAGAUGUUUGCCCUACAGUAUUACCAGAGUAUGCGAGCCCUAAUCUUUGCUGUGGAAGAGAUUAAUGCCAAUCCCAAGCUCCUUCCCAACAUUACCCUGGGCUUCCAGGUUAUUGACUCCUGUAAUAAUUUACGUCCAACGGCACAAGGGACUCUGUCGAUGCUCUCAGGAGGAAAGGAAGUCAUCCCAAAUUUUCACUGUCGAAAAGAGGCAACUCUUGCUGGUAUUAUUGGCGACACCGGAUCCACACGAUCCAUCCUAAUGGCCCACAUAUUGGGGUUGUACCGGUACCCACAAAUCAGUUAUUUUGCCACCAACCCUAAACUUAGUGAUCGGAACCUAUUUCCUUCCUUCUUCCGUACCAUCCCUAGUGAUGAGUAUCAAAUGAGGGGUCUGGCCCAGCUGGUCAGAUAUUUUGAUUGGUCUUGGGUUGGUCUCCUAGCCAAUGAUAAUGACUAUGGUCAGUAUGGGCUUCAGAUGGUGAAGCAAGAGAUAAUGAAUGGUGGUGCCUGUGUGGCCUUCACUGAGAAUAUUCUGACUGCUCGGUCCAAUAGGAAUGCUCCUCAUCUUGUGCGAGUCAUUAAAGAGUCAACGGCAAAAGUUGUGGUUGUAAUAACCACAGAUUCAGACUUUUUGAUUGUGGCAGAAGAGCUGUUGAGGCAAAACGUCACUGAUAAUAUCUGGGUGGCCAGUGAAGCUUGGUCAACUACUGAUUUACUCUCCAGCCAACGAUUUAAACCCAUUUUGUUGGGUACCAUUGGUUUCGCCAUCCAUCGUGGGCAGAUGCCGAAGUUCUCAAGGUAUCUCAGUAGCCUCCGGCCAACAGAUUAUUUAUAUGAUUGGUUGAUGAGAGAACUUUGGGAGCUUGUCUUCUCAUGUAAGUGGUCCAGUCAUGAAAAUGUAACUGUAGACAAAGCAUGUACAGGAAAUGAAAAGCUGGAGAGUAUUUUAACUGAAGAGGAUUACAGAGUAUCCCUCAAUGUCUACACUGCCAUGUAUGCCAUUGCCUGGGCCCUACAAAGUCUCCAUAAUUGUACAACGGGAUAUGGGCCGUUUUAUGGUGGGGGUUGUGCCAAUAUCACUUCAUUUCACCCUUGGCAACUUCUCCACUACAUUAAAAAUGUCAACUUUAAGACUGAAGACGGGAGCCCCAUAUUUUUUGAUGCAAAGGGAAACCCUCCAGCUGUCUAUGACAUUGUGAACUGGCGCCAAAGUAGACAGGGGACAUUGGAGCAGGUCACCAUUGGCAGAUAUGACUUGAGUGCCCCUAAUGGAAAGAUCUUGAAUGUUGACAGUGCUGACGUUAUUUGGAUCAACGAUGCUGCGGAAUGUCAGCCAUGUUCAUGGGACACGUGGCCAAAUCCUCAACAUACCCGAUGCCUCCCAAGACCUACAGAGUUCCUUUCCUAUGAAGAACCUCUGGGUUACAGCUUAGUGGUCAUUGCUAUCCUUUCCUCCCUGAUACCUCUUGUUAUUUUGGGAGUUUUUAUUCGUUAUAAUAAAACACCAAUAGUCCGAGCCAACAACUACUCCCUUAGCUGCCUUCUCCUGCUUUCCCUGUUCCUCUGUUUCCUUUGCUCUUUAGGGUUCAUUGGUUACCCACAACCUGAAAAGUGCCUUCUGCGCCAGGUGGCAUUUGGGAUGGUUUUUGCCCUCUGCAUCUCCUGUGUUCUGGCCAAAACCAUCACUGUUGUCAUUGCCUUUAAUGCAACCAAACCCGGCAGCAGGUUAAGAAAGUGGACAGGGGUGAAAGUGUCCUACUGUCUAAUACUGUUUUGUGUAUUUAUUCAGUUAUUUUUGUGUAUAAUGUGGUUGAUCUUUUCUCCUCCCUUCCAUGAACUUGACACUGACACCAAACCUGAAGUCAUCGUAGUUUGUUGCAAUGAAGGGUCACCAACUGCUUUCUGGUGCAUGCUGGGAUAUCUUGGACUCUUGGCCUCCAUCAGUUUCAUUGUUGCCUUCCUGGCCAGACGCCUCCCUGACAGUUUCAAUGAAGCCAAAUUGAUCACAUUCACUAUGUUGGCUUUCCUCAGUGUGUGGGUGUCCUUUAUCCCAGCCUAUCUCAGUGCCCGGGGCAUGUAUACUGUGGCAAUGGAGGUCUUUGCCAUCCUGUCUUCCAGUUGGGCUGUGGUGGGCUGUAUCUUUGUGCCAAAAUGUUACAUUAUAUUGUUCAAGCCCAACAGGAACUCAAGAGAACUUCUCAUGGGAAAAGGCAGAAACCAGAAGUAA